UUUCAUUUAGAGAUUGGACAGGAAUUGGAUAAAGCGGAGACAAAAUGUUUUACAUUAAAAUCAGGACUAAAUUACAUGAUAGGAGUUUGUCAGAAAGCUCAAACAGAAACAAGAGGAAAUAAAGAAACAUCCAACAUUUUGCCGAUAUCAUCUAGAAGUCCAAGCUCGAAAUCUUCCAUCAAAUAUAAUGAUUAUAACAGUGAAACGAGCGCUACUAAAAUUCGAAAUUAUAACAUCCCUCAAAGAAUUCAUAACGUCGAACUAAAAGCCGAAGAAAAUUUUGAUAUUUUCAAUCCAAGCCCGAAAUCUACUCGGCUUUCGCCCAGAAGAAACGUCGAUGAUAACGAUAUUAUCAUGAGGGCCGAGGGUUUGAUGAAGGCCGAGGGUUUGAUAGAAGGAAGGCAAAAGGGAUCAUUGAAUAUUACAUCAAACUCUCAAUUAGAUAAGAAAUUUUCUUCUGCGAUAACAUCACCAGUUCAGAAUGAAAUCACGGAAGUAGAUCGAGAAUACGAAACAUACUUCUUCCCACCGAGUAUAUCUAUCGAGGAAUUGACAUUGCAGGCGGAUAAGGAUUAUCUUCACGUAAUGCCGUUCUCUGCAAGAAAAGAUAUUGAAGAUUCGGUAUUGAAUUUCCCGAACCUUCCGAAUAUUCUGAAAACUGAAUUAACGGAGAACAGUAGUAAAUCGAACGGAGAACGGAGUAAAUCGAAAACGAGGAAAAGCAAGCUGAGUUCCGUUUACAAAAUGGAUAGCACGAUGUCUAAAGCACGAAAAAGAAAGGCAAAAUUACGGAGUUCCGUUUCCAAGAGCACGAUUACCACCAAAGACACGGGUUUUAUUGGUAGGAAAGAAGCGAAAAGACGCCGACAUAAAGGUCACGCUCAUCAACAGUCCAACUCUCCAAAACAUCUGAAAAAAUUCAACGACGUCGUGGAAAUUUUUCAUAAUACCAGAUUGAAGAAUAGCAAUUCUGGAGUAUCCAGUAAGCCGUCUGAACUCAAUGAAACGAAAGAUGCAAAAAAAUCGCAUCUUCCUGAGACUGAUCGAAAGAUUCAAAAGACAUCAUAUUCUGAACGUAAUAAUAAUCGCGAAUGUCAAUCUCACGAUAAAAACAAUGAGCAGGAUCAUUUUGAUUGUCUUCAAACGUUAGAUUGUCAACUUAACAAAAGCAAUUCAGGAGCGACGCUCGAGGCUACACAGGAAGAUAAAUUGGAAAAAUGUUCCAAUGAUCCUGAUCCAUCGAGGCGAGACAAAACACGACGGUGCGAGCCUACCUUUAACAGAUACGACUCGAUAUCCAUGCCUAACUACGAGAUGCCGACUUUGGCGUCGAAAUUAAAACGCUCGACCAGAUCAUAUUUCAGCAGGUUUAACUUCCGGAGCAUUCCGUUCGUGGUGGGAACGUCAGUGACCCCGAGUUACAAUCUCGGGUUAAAUAUUCAACAAGUGUUGAGCGUGAUGAAGAUGAGACAGCCGAUCGCGAGCGAUGUCACUCCGUUAUUGAUCCGGAAAGUCAGCAGAGGCGUGAGGCCGGUAUCGAUCCUUCUGGAGCAGAUGAACAAUCAUUACGAAGGAUCGCAGACGAGCAGAUGGUUUAAUAAUGGGCAGAGGCUUGGUCAAGGCAAAAGAGAGUCUACGUUUAAUUUGCAACACGUGGGAAAAGUGCAAGGUGCCUACGUGCCAAAGACGUCCAUCGAUACAGAAAUUAUUUCGAAAAAAGAUCAUCAUGUUUCUAAGCAAUGUAAGAAAAAAAGUAUUUGCGACCAAGCUAAACAGCAGUCUUCUUCCGCCGUAAACGAAAACACCACCACGCCGGCGAGUAUUAAAAAUCAGCGAGGAAUUUCGAGGAUGUCGUUAAAGGGUAAUAUCGAUCAUAAAUAUAUUCCUGACUCGCACAAUACUAAGGAAAUACGUGACGUUCUGAUUAAUCUUCACGAUCAAUUUGAAGAGAUGAACACAAAAUAUGAGAAAUUGCAAUCGGAGGUGGACAAAUCUAACGAUAAGGCUUUAGCGAAAGAGCUAUCCAUUUUAGAAAAGGAGCUCAGUGCCAAGGAAGAAGAAAUCAACGCCGUCAUCGGUCUUUACAAAGAAGUGAUGACGCUGAAGCAGCAAAUGAAAAUGUUGCACGAAAGAAACAGCCUGGUUUGCAUUACAACCAAGUCGAUCAAGGAAACCGACAAGAAUUCUUUUCCCAUGUCGAUUAUAUCCGGGAAAUCUCACUCGAUGAAUCCGACACAGAUUAUCGGUUCAAAAAAAAUGUAUAACGCAAUGCGAGAGCCGCCCAUUUCUAUGCAGCUGACUGCAUUGUUACGACAAAUUCAGACUUUUCAUAAGCAAUUGCAGCUCGUAUCGUAACUACGAUAAAAAAAAUUGAAAUAAAAUUAUUUUUUAAUUAAACCCUCUGGUUGGUAAAAAUGGAA